AUGGGCGGCUGUGUCGUGUCGUUGAUGGAGUGCAAGGCCCGCAGCGACGAGGUGCCGUGGGAGUUCUCGGAGGAUGUGAAGAGCUACGGCCCCUUGAGCGUGGCCGUCGCAGGCACACAAACACCCAGCAGCUCCGCCGUGUACGUGAACGGCAAGCGGUCCACGCUGGCGGAACAGCAGGAGUGUGCAAAGAGGUUCUACUACGGCCCCAACCAGGCGCAGCGUUUUGCGAAGCUGUGCCAGGAAAACCUCGAUGACGUUGCUCUGGCGUACCGCCGCAUCGAGAGGAUGGAAAGGGAGCAGGUGGCGGGCGCAUCGCGGCCGAUGGACGUUGCGUACUUCUCCAAGGAAUGUCAUCUCACGUACCGGCAGCUGUGGCACGCCGUGACCGGCAUCAGCCGCGGCCUCGCCGAGCUCGGGCUCGAGAAGCGCGUCAACGUGACCAUCUAUGAGGAGACGCGCUGGGAGUGGCUGGCGUCGAUCUAUGGCAUCUGGAUGCAGGACAUGGUCGCCGCCACCGUCUACGCCAACCUCGGCGAGGACGCCCUCUUCUACGCGCUGCGCGAGACAGAGUGCCAGGCGCUCUUGUGCAACGGCAAGAACGUGCCGAACCUGCUGCGCGGCGUCGGCAGCGGUGCCUUCCCUGCGUGCACCCUCAUCUACUUGGACAAUCUGCCGGCGGUCGGGUGCGCGGAGCUGCACGGGUGCCGCGUGGUGUCGUGGAAGGACGUCGUGGCGCUGGGCCACGGCGCGGGUGCGCACCACAUCGCUGCGCCACCGGAGGACAACGACUCGGUGGCACUGAUCAUGUACACGAGCGGCACGACCGGCAACCCGAAGGGCGUCAUGCACACACACGGCAGCAUCGUCGCCGGCAUCCUCACGAUGGACGACUGGCUCUACAGUGUUAUCAAGCCCAGAUCGGAUGAGGUCUAUCUCUCCUACCUGCCCAUGGCGCACAUCAUGGAGUUCGGUGUGGUAAACAUCCUCCUCGCCCGCCGCGCCCACGUCGCGUUUGGCACGCCGCGCACGCUGACGGACACCACGGCGCGGCCGCACGGCGACUUCACCCAGUUCCGCCCAACGCUGCUCAUCGGCGUGCCGCGCAUUUUCGACACGCUCAAGAAGGCCGUCGAGGCGAAGCUGCCGCCCGUGGGCACGCUCAAGCGACAGGUGUUCGACCACGCCUACCAGAGCCGGCUGGCGGCGCUGAAGGAGGGCAAGGACACGCCGUACUGGAACGAGAAGGUGUUCGCGGCGCCACGUGCGGCUCUGGGAGGUCGCGUGCGCGCCUUUCUCAGCGGCGGCGGCCCGCUGUCCGAGUCCACGCAGGAGUUCGUGAACGUGGUCUUUGGGUGCAUCGUCAACGGCUGGGGCCUCACGGAGACGGUGUGCAUCGGUGCCAUUCAACGGAUGGGUGACCUGACGCCGUCUGCCGUAGGCCAGGUACUCUGCUCGGAACAGCUGAAGUUGCUCGACAUCGACGAGUACAAGCACACGGACUCGCCCGAGCCGCGCGGUGAGAUGUGUCUGCGCGGCCCCUUUCUGUUCAAGGGCUACUACAAGCAGCCGGAGCUGACGCGCGAGGUGCUGGACGAGGACGGCUGGUUCCACACGGGCGACGUGGGCACCAUCGACAGCGACGGUCGCGUCUCCAUCAUCGGGCGCGUCAAGGCGCUGGCGAAGAACUGCCUGGGCGAGUACAUUGCACUGGAGAACCUCGAGGCGAUCUACAGCAGCCACCCCCUGGUCCUGAACAACUGUGUGUGCGUGUUGGUGGACCCGUGCAAAAAUUAUAUCUGCGCUCUCGUGCUCACGGACGAGGGCCACGUGACGCGCUUCGCGAAGGCGAACGGCAUCGAAGGCACGUACCCGGCCCUGCUAGAGAACAAGGCGCUGCUGGCGAAGGCCGCCGCGUCGAUGGCCGACACGGCCCGCGCGGCGCGGCGCCGCGACUUCGAGGUUGUCCGCCGUGUCUCCCUUGUCGAUGACGAGUGGUCGCCAGAGAAGGGCCAGCUAACGGCGGCGCUGAAGCUGAGGCGCGGCGUUGUAGCUAAACAGUAUGAACAGCAAAUCGCGCGCUUGUUUGUGGAGUGA